UUCCUUCAGGAUGUCCACUUUCCCGGAAAUCAAGUCUACCCACUCCUUGGUGGCAAAGCACGUCACUAAAGAAGUAUGGGACAAGCUUUGUGACCACAGGACCGCUACCUCCGGCGUCAAUCUGGCUCAGUGCAUCGCUUGUGCCACCUCUUUUGACAACCAACAUUGUGGUAUCUAUGCUGGUGACUGGGACUGCUACAAAGAUUUCGCCGCAGUCUUCGAUCCUAUCAUCCAGGAAUACCAUGGAAUUACCGCUGAUGCUAGGCACACAUCUGACAUGGAUGUCUCCAAGCUGGUAGGAAAUGUUAACCCAGAUGCCCCAGUCAAAUCCACUCGUAUCAGAGUUGGUCGAUCUAUCGAUGGCUUCGGACUGUCUCCCGGAAUCACCAAACAGCAAAGAUUAGAUGUGGAGGCCCUUUUCAAGAGUGCUAGCAAAAAACUGGAAGGUAAUCUGUCAGGAACCUACUACGCUCUCACCGGGAUGGAAGAGUCUGUUCGCCAACAGCUUGUUGAUGAUCACUUCCUCUUCGUGUCUGGUGACCCAAAUCUCAAAGUUUCUGGUAUGGAGCGUGACUGGCCCGAGGGACGUGGAAUCUUCCACAACAAAGAAAAGACCUUCUUGGUGUGGGUAAACGAAGAGGACCAGUUCCGAAUCAUUUCCAUGCAACAAGGUGGUGAUGUUAAGGGAGUCUUCGCAAGACUUGUCGAUGGAAUCGGAGCCGUCGGCAAAUCUGUCAAAGAUGAGAGUGGCAAAGAUUUCAUGUUGGAUGAGAAAUACGGAUAUGUCCAUUCUUGCCCAACCAAUCUUGGAACUGGCAUGAGGGCUUCUGUCCACAUUGACCUCCCAGGCUGGACCAAGGAAGGAGUAGAUAAGCUGAAGGCUAAAUGCGAAGAGCUGUCUCUGCAGCCAAGAGGUACCCGAGGAGAAUCUGGUGGACAAACUGGACACACCUACGAUAUCUCCAACAAACACAGGUUGGGAUACUCUGAGGUCCAACUUGUCCAAACCAUGAUUGACGGAGUCAACAAGCUGUACGAAAUCGACUUGGAGCUCCAGAAGAAACACGGCAUGAUGUCUGCACCGUUCCCGACAAUACAGUCAACACACUCCCUUGUGGCCAAACACGUCACCAAGGCAAAAUGGGACAAGUUGUCAGGAAUAACAACGAAGACUGCUGGAUUCACCCUAGCAAAAGCGAUCGCUUGUGCUGUUGAGUUUGACAACCAACAUUGUGGAAUCUAUGCUGGUGAUUGGGAUUCCUACAAAGAUUUUGCUGAUGUUUUCGAUCCUAUUAUUCAGGAAUACCAUGGAAUUAGCAGUGAUGCCAGGCACACUUCCGAUAUGGACUUCUCAAAGAUCAAAGGCAAUGUGAAUCCAGCGGCACCAGUGCACUCCACCCGAAUUCGAGUUGGACGUUCCAUCGAUGGCUUUGGACUUUCUCCAGGAAUUACAAGAGACCAGAGAGUCGGUGUUGAAAAGCUAUUCAAAACUGCCAGCGCCAAUUUCAAAGAUGAGCUUGCAGGAACAUACUACCCCCUCACUGGAAUGGAAGAGUCUGUUCGCCAGCAGCUCGUUGAUGAUCACUUCCUCUUCGUGUCUGGUGAUCGUAACCUGACUGUCGCUGGUAUGGAAAGAGACUGGCCUGAAGGACGUGGAAUCUUCCACAACAAAGAAAAGACUUUCUUAGUCUGGGUCAACGAAGAGGACCAGCUCCGAAUCAUCUCCAUGGAAAAGGGCGGAGACGUACUUGGAGUCAUCAAACGACUGGCCAAAGGUAUCAAGGCUGUUGGGGACUCUGUCAAGGCUGAGAGCGGAAAAGAUUUCUGUUUAGACGAGAAGUACGGAUAUAUCCAUUCCUGCCCUACCAACCUUGGAACCGGUAUGAGAGCGUCUGUUCACAUUGACUUGCCAGGAUGGACCGCUCAUGGUGUAGAUAAGCUGAAGGCUAGGUGCGAAGAGCUUUCUCUGCAGCCAAGAGGUACCCGAGGAGAAUCUGGUGGACAAACUGGGCACACUUACGAUAUCUCCAACAAACACAGGUUGGGAUACUCUGAGGUCCAACUUGUUCAAACCAUGAUCGACGGAGUUAACACUCUUUACAAGGAAGACUUGGAGUUCCAGAAGAAAACCAUGGGGUGCGGAUCGUCUCAAGCAGCAUCGGCACUUAAAAAGAAGGACAGCACAGCGACUGCAAACAAAAAUCCGACAGAUAAUUCGACAGAUGAACAGAGUACGCCAAAAAAAUUAGACAGUACACCAGUAAUUGAAAAGAAAUCUGAUAUUUUAUACCAAAAUGACGAAGUAGAUGUUCCUGACAUCAUAACCACUGCACCAUCUACAAUGGACUUUGGAGACUUAGAUAUUGAAGGGGAUCUUUACAAAGAGGGUCAAAGUGCGAACGGAGGACUCUCCUCGUUCCCCGAUAUCAAAUCGAAACACUCCCUUGUUGCAAAGCAUGUCACGAAAGAAAUAUGGGACAAGCUUCAUGAGCACAAAACUGCUACCUCAGGGUUCACCCUAGCAAAGGCAAUCGCUUGCGCUGUUGAGUUUGACAACCAACAUUGUGGUAUCUAUGCUGGUGAUUGGGACUCUUACAAAGAUUUCGCUGAUGUCUUCGAUCCCAUCAUUCAGGAAUAUCAUGGAAUUAGCGCUGAUGCCAAGCACACUUCCGAUAUGGACUUCUCCAAGAUCACUGGUAAUGUGAAUCCAGACGCACCAGUUCACUCCACUCGAAUUCGAGUUGGACGUUCCAUCGAUGGCUUUGGACUCUCCCCAGGAAUAACACAAGAGCAGAGAGUUGGUGUUGAAAAUCUAUUUAAAAUUGCCAGCGCCAAUUUCAAAGAUGAGCUUGCAGGAACAUACUACCCCCUCGCUGGUAUGGAAGAGUCUGUUCGCCAACAGCUCGUUGAUGAUCACUUCCUCUUCGUGUCUGGUGAUCGUAACCUGACUGUCGCUGGUAUGGAAAGAGACUGGCCUGAAGGACGUGGAAUCUUCCACAACAAAGAAAAGACUUUCUUAGUCUGGGUCAACGAAGAGGACCAGCUCCGAAUCAUCUCCAUGGAAAAGGGUGGAGACGUACUUGGAGUCUUCAAACGAUUGGCUGGUGGUAUCGAGGCUGUUAAGGAUUCUGUCAAGGCUGAGAGCGGAAAAGAUUUCUGUUUGGACGAGAAGUACGGAUAUAUCCAUUCCUGCCCUACCAACCUUGGAACCGGUAUGAGAGCUUCUGUUCACAUUGACUUGCCAGGAUGGACCGCUCAUGGUGUAGAUAAGCUGAAGGCUAGGUGCGAAGAGCUUUCUCUGCAGCCAAGAGGUACCCGAGGAGAAUCUGGUGGACAAACUGGACACACCUACGAUAUCUCCAACAAACACAGGUUGGGAUACUCUGAGGUCCAACUUGUCCAAACCAUGAUCGAUGGAGUCAACGCUCUUUACGAUGAAGAUUUGGCACUCCAAAAGAAGCAGCUUGAAUUUCCCACCAUCCAGUCCACUCACUCUUUGGUAGCUAAGCAUGUCACUAAGGAAAAAUGGAAUAAACUGUGCAAAAUCAGUACUAAGACUUCUGGUUUCACCCUAGCAAAAGCAAUCGCUUGCGCUGUUGAGUUUGACAACCAACAUUGUGGAAUCUAUGCUGGUGAUUGGGAUUCUUACAAAGAUUUCGCUGAUGUCUUCGAUCCCAUCAUUCAGGAAUACCAUGGAAUUAGCGCUGAUGCCAAGCACACUUCCGACAUGGACUUCUCCAAGAUCACUGGUAAUGUGAAUCCAGAGGCCCCAGUGCACUCCACUCGAAUUCGAGUUGGACGUUCCAUCGAUGGCUUUGGACUUUCUCCUGGAAUUACAAGAGAACAAAGAGUCGGUGUUGAAAAUCUAUUCAAAACUGCCAGUGCCAAUUUCAAAGAUGAGCUUGCAGGAACAUACUACCCCCUCGCUGGUAUGGAAGAGUCUGUUCGCCAACAGCUCGUUGAUGAUCACUUCCUCUUCGUGUCUGGUGAUCGUAACCUGACUGUCGCUGGUAUGGAAAGAGACUGGCCUGAAGGACGUGGAAUCUUCCACAACAAAGAAAAGACUUUCUUAGUCUGGGUUAACGAAGAGGACCAGCUCCGAAUCAUCUCCAUGGAAAAGGGUGGAGACGUACUUGGAGUCUUCAAACGAUUGGCUGGUGGUAUCCAGGCUGUUGGGGACUCUGUCAAGGCUGAGAGCGGAAAAGAUUUCUGUUUGGAUGAGAAGUACGGAUACGUCCAUUCCUGCCCUACCAACCUUGGAACCGGUAUGAGAGCUUCUGUUCACAUUGACUUGCCAGGAUGGACCGCUCAUAGUGUAGAUAAGCUGAAGGCUAGGUGCGAAGAGCUUUCUCUGCAGCCAAGAGGUACUCGAGGAGAAUCUGGUGGACAAACUGGACACACCUACGAUAUCUCCAACAAACACAGGUUGGGAUACUCUGAGGUCCAACUUGUCCAAACCAUGAUCGAUGGAGUCAACACUCUUUACAAGGAAGACUUGGAAUUCCAAGCAGCACAGAAGGCAUAAUAAUGAACUGAUCAUGAAUUAGUUUUCUCUCAUUUUUUGCGUUUCAUCCUCAAUGUUUAUUUGCGUUUAUCUAGGGGAUUGUUAAGUAAAGAAACAAACUGAGAGACACUGAAACAGAUAGGACGCUAUUUCAAGCCUGAAAUUUCUUAUUAGGAUGUUUCUUUUUUUGAGAUACCAGAUAAAAGUUGGGACAGUCACUGCAAAAUGAAAAAAUAGUUGAACCAUAUUUUUCCAGUAGGUUUACCAUGAACAUUUUUCAUGUGACCCACAAAAUUAGACAUUUACCAAAGCUCAAAGUUGUCAUCUUUGAUGUUAGGAAAUACAUUGGUUUGUAAAUAUCUUUUGUUACUAUUUUGAUUGAAAUUUUCAUCAGUAAUAUAAUAUGUGAAACGUAUUUAUAUAGCAAGCUAAUUUGUAGA